AUGACCUCUAUAAAUAUACAGCUCGGCUCAAUUCUCCUCCUCAAUUUUGUCGCCCCCCAAAUUCCAAUCGCGAUGGCGGAGAAGAAGAGGAUAGGGUCGGUGGCUCAGCAGGUGGAGGAGGAAGCGGAGCUCCACGCCGCCCACAAGCCCGGCGCCAGCGCCCUCUGCGCCAACCACUGCGGGUUGCCCGGCAGUCCCACCACCGGGGGCAUGUGUCGCUCCUGCUUCCUCGCUUCCGCCUCCACCCGGCCUCGUUCCUGCUCACCCGGAUUCGGCCCUCCGAUACGGCCGUCCCUGACUCCUGGACCGGAGGAGAAAAACUCCACGGCAGAGGCGGCGGCGGCGGCUCCUGUGGCGGCGGCGGCUCCUGUGGCGCCGGCGAUGGCGAAGGAGGUGAACAGGUGCUUGGUGUGUCGGAGGCGGGUGGGAUUGACGGGGUUCCGGUGCCGGUGCGGAGAGCUGUUCUGCGGCGAGCACCGGUAUUCCGACCGCCACGACUGCUGCUUCGACUACAAGGCCGGCGCCAGGGACGCGAUCGCCCUGGCAAAUCCCGUCGUCCGAGCCGCCAAGAUCGCUAGGAUCUGAGAAAGAACUGGGAAAUUGUUUUAGUUUUUCUUCCUUGUAGUAAACAAAUUUCCUCAGAAGAUGUCGAAAUGUAACCCGAAUUUAAUCAUUCGAUGAUUAUUUUAUGUAGAAUCAAUUAAAUAGAUUUGUGAGUUAAUAUGAGUUUA